AUGGCUUUAACAAAUCCAAGACCGUUUCAAAUCCCUACCUCCACCACUGAUAAUGAAAUAUUAUUAAACACUACAUCUCCUGUUUUCCAGGCCAGUGCUUUAGGUUUAAGCACUAAACCUGAUCCGAUUACAGCAACUGCCGCAGACGUAUUCCCAAAUAUGUCUUCUUCAUCGCCAUCAGAAUUAAGUAGUAAUCCUAAAUCAAAAAAGGAUAAUAAAAAAGAUAAAGAUGUACCGGCUGUUGAAAUUUCUAAAUUAAUACCUGUCACAGGUGAUAGACCAAUUCCAUCAGACAGGUCUGCUCCGUUAGAUGACGAAGUCUUAUUUACUGUCUUUAUCAUUUUAUGGGAGAAAGACCCAGAUCAACAAGGUAUGACUGUAAAACAAUUAUGUGACUAUCUAUUAGAGAAGAAUCCAGAUAUGUCUAAUUUGUCAACAAAACUUUCUAAUCUGAUAUCUGCAAAAUUAAAUGCUUAUGUAAAGAAGCUGGAAAAGGGGGAAAAGACCUUAAUCUACGCAUUAUCAAGAGAGUGGUCUGAUUCUUCUCCAAGAAGAAUGCUUUAUGUAUAUAGAGGUAUUCUAUCUCCGGAUUACAAAGAACAUGCCCAGGCCGCAUCUGUACAAUUAAAGCAGCAACAAAUGGGUCAGCAAAUUAACUCCCAAAAGGGUAACGGUGGUAGUUCUGAUAAUAGCCAGAAUGAUAAAUUUCUAAACGAUAGCUUUUCAUUCAGUAAGAAAGUUGGAAUGUCGAAUAAUUUAGCCUUUACACUCGGAAAUGAAUUCAAUAUUCCAUAUUCUACAUCUCCGGUAUCAGCAAGCUUAACACCAACAGCACCAGCCAAUGUACCAUCUCCAGGCAAUGCAUCUGUAAAAUCUAAUUCCAAUAAUCAAAAAAAGAGGACAGGCGCCAGUGAUUCGAAUGACGUCAAAUCAGAUAGCAGUAAAAAUGGAACUAAAAAGGUUAAACCUAAUCCUACUAAAGUACCUGGAAGUGAGCAGGCUCCAACUGUGUCCCCACCAGUUGUAUAUAUCACUGCUGCUGCUGCUGCCCCAAGGCUAUCAAAGGCCUCCAAGGAUAGUUUUAAGAACACUUCUCAAAAUUCCGCUGGAAUUCUUUCAGCAUUACAUAAAAUAAUUUCUACUCAAACCCCAAUUGAAUCACAGUUUAAAAGAGAUCAAAGCAAUUCAAGUACAGAUCCUUUAGUUAAUUCACAAUAUGAUAGCAGUCCAAUAAUCCCAUCAGCAUGGAUGAAGACUGUUAGAAAUGGGUUUUUGACGGAGGAUAUUGAAUCACCAGAGUCUAUAACUUUGGAUGAUCUGGAUAGUAUUUUUAAUUAA